CUAGGACCAGGCACUGUGCUUAGCGCGGUGGGGGCUGCUCACACGGAGGGGGGGUACUUUCCCUGGAGGAGGAGGAGAUUGUAGUCUGGAGGGUGGCCACAAACUUGUAUUAUAUUCAGAUUUAAUGAAUAUUUACUGAAUACCUGUUCACAUGUAAUGUCACAUACUCCUUACAAUAAUCCUCUAAUAUAAUUAGUUCGCAUUUACAUGUAAGAGAAAUGAGGCUUCAAGGAGUCACCCCACUGGCCUGCAAGUUCAGGGUUCCUCAAUGCAAACCCAACAUGUCACAUUGCCAUUAAAUAAAAAUUCACAUGGGGAUUGAGGAGAGAGGAGUAGGCACUCAGCAAUUCUCUAGAUCCCUUUAAAAUGUGAUUCCCACCGUUCAGGAAAGAAGAGGAUGCAGUGUUCCAAUAAUACUUGCGCAGCACUGAGUGGGGCAGAAGUAUAAGGAAAACCACUUGCUUUCCAGGAGCCUGUGUCCUGGUACUCCCUGGGGUCUUCUGGUUGAGUUUCACCUAUCCUCAGGAACAGUAAAUAAUAAUCAUAGCCAGUAACGUUUAUUGAGCACUUAAGUGCUGAGUGUUGGGCUAAGCUGGUUCAUAUGCGUUUUCUCUUUUAAUGCUCAAGGCAACCCCCAGAGAUUAGUGUUAAUUUCCCUUUAUAGAUAAGGAAACAGAUUAACUUGCUCAAGGUCAUCCAGGUAGAUCAGGGACUUGAACAUAGGUCUGUUUGUCUCCAGACUUUAGGCUCUGCAGAUGGCCUUUCCUUUGUUCUACAGAGUAUAUAUACAGGUCCAGCUGGUUUUGCUUCUUACUGUAGAAAUAAAUGUCCCCACUUCAGCUUCUGAAUAAGCCUUUUAGUAUAUCAGUGUCAGGCACAUCAAUAUGACCUCAUCAGCACCAUUAAUGGUUAUUAAGCAUUCACCCUGAAUCAACAACCCAUUCACAGGCAUAUUGUUAGCUCCCUUUUAUCAUUGAACACUCUGAGGUUCAAAUAGGUAAAAAAGUUAAAAUAAUAUAUCCAAGACCACAUAGUUGGGAAAAUGGCAGAGCUGAGAUUCUAGCCUAGGCCACAGUCACCUUUUCUGUGAGAAAUAGUGUUGUAAUAGCAUCCUUCCCAAGACUGACCAUUUGGGGACCAUGUUCUGUAUAUGUCUAAGUGCAAGUUACCACUGAGUCAGAAAUGAUCCUCAUUACUAAUAAAUGGGGCUCCCCAUCCACUUAGCCAGUGUUCACCUCAGUGUUCACCUCAGUGUAAAUCAUCAAGAAAGAAGAGGGCUGGGGUUUAGCUCAGUGGCACCUCGCCUGCCUUGCAAGCACGGACAAAGGGGCAAAUGGUAAUGAGAAAUCUAGAUAGUAAUAUAGCAUCCCAUUAGAGCAAAACAAGUAAUUUGAGGAGGAAAUCAAAGAAAAGAAAAAGAUUAGAUGGAAACACGGGGAAACUGAGGUCCAGUGUGAUAAUGUCCAUGGGGUGAGGUGAGUGAACCCAAAAGAGGAACCCAGGAUGGGAAAAGAUGGGGGCAACAGGAAAUGGGAACAAAGUAAGGAGGUGUCUUGUGAACUGAGGUUGGUGAAUGCCCAGGGCCACUUCCUGUAUCUUUAGGCCCUCACAGGGACCUUUGCCCCACCACACCCCAGCCCUGACAGCCUUCCUCUGCCAGGACUAAUUUAUUCUUGCUCUGAAUUACCUAUCCCCUAAGGAGUCCCAGAACGAAGCAAGGUCCCUUCUUUUUGGAGUAGCUGCUUCAGACUAGGAAGCACCCAGCCUUCAUGGUCAAGAAAGCCCCCAUGGAGGAUAGAGCUGAUCAGCAAGAACAGGAGAGACCCAGUCUUCGUCUGGAAAAGCUACAGGACUGGGCAAGGCACAGGCAAAGUGCACACCUCUUGGUGCUGGCGGUGAAUCAGCUAUGGCUGGCAGUAGUUGUGGUGCCCUUUGCUGUCUCAGUCGCCUGCCUGAACUCUGCUUGUCACAUGGCCACAGCACUGCCACUUGCACCUGGAGCCUCAGGUCUCCUUACAGGAAUUGUCACCCUUGAGCUACGAAGAGCACCUCGCCUGUGGAAGGUUCGGGCCAUGAUGAUAUCGAACACCUUCAACCUCAUCUUGGGCUUCAUUGCGCUGGUGGUGGAGGUGAUGAAGACAGCCUUGGGGCCUGCCUCUACUGCCCACUCUCAGCCGGCAGGCUUGCUGGUGCUCGAACUCAGCGCUGAGGCCUUCACCACAGGAGGAGUGCUGAUCUCAGCAUAUGCCCUACUGUUGCUGAACCAGAGAAAGCCAGGAUGCUUCAGGAACCAGAGUCUGCACUACCAGGAGCUGCAGGAGGGCCUCUCAGAGGUGGAGGAGGUUCCCAGUUUGGAGAAUGGUCCCAAUGCAGCCAGCAUAGAAAAUGGAACAAACGAGUGUGCCAGCGAGGGGAAGCAGACAGAUGCUACUGCCCUUCAACCCUAAAGGUCCACUGCCCAGAUGCUCUGCUUCUCACCCCACCAAACUCAGAAGCUAACCAGACUCCCUGGCACAUGCAUAAUGUCCUCUUCCCUUCUGCGCUGCAUAAACAUAUACCAAGGCGAGAGACCUCCUUCCCAUUCUUAUCUUCCUUUCCCACUGCCUCUUCGCACAGCUUCAUUUCUGCCUCAUCUCGCUGUCUUUCCGUCCAUCAUUCACAAUUUCAUUCGCUCCAGGUCCGGAUUCCUACACACACCAACCCUGCAUCCACAUCCCUUCGACCCAGGUCCUGGUUAGACUAGCAGAGACUAUAAGUCCCAGGAUGCCCAGCUACCCCGUGGCCUGCUGGGAAAUAAAGAGCCUUCCCUUCCCUUCCCUCCGAGGCGGGGGAGCUGUGCAUCUGCUGAGUGACGCGAGGAGCUGGAAGUCAGGUCCUCACCGAGGAUCCUCGGACGCGACCACUGGCCCGCGUGGGGGGAGGAGGCGGGCGGGCAGCCCCGCACAGGGGCGCCAACACCGCAACCUUGAAACGUACGGCUGACUCUGCCCCACACCACUCUGGCCAGCAGCUUCGGAGCCGGCGAGGGCUGGGGGCUGGCGCUUGGCAGAACUGGCGACCCAGGGGCAGGCGCCGCGCCCCCUCGCACGAGUGCCCAGGUCCAAGGUCCUGAGACUUGGAGCGCGCGCGAGAAAGGGGUUGGAGAUGAUGACUCAGAAUCGCGGGGCCUUACUCGUUCCCCUCCCCCGUGGCCUGGGCCCGGUGGGCAGGCGAGUGGGCCUGGCAGGCAGGGGGAGGGACGUGGCGACCCGACCUAAGACUUUCCCGCCUCUUGCGAGCAAGCCGGUGUGACGAGCCCGCGUUGCCGCCGCCCUUAACGAGGCGGGAGCGGCACUGCGCAGGCUCACCCUCUCGGCAGCUCCGGGAACCUUUGAUCCCUGGCUGCGGUCCGGUUGCUGAAGCUCAGGUUGCACUCAACCCCCCACCAUUUAUGACCUUUGCAAAUGUAGGAAGAUGACGAGUUCGGGUGGGCUUGGGGAAAGCCCAGGAAAACUGGGAGUCCCAAUAGCACCAGCCGGGCAGAAAUUAGAAAUUGACCAGAGCUGGAGUACUAAGAG